UGUGGUACGAUCGUAUACAUAGAACAACACCAUUUCAAACAUGGGCAGCAUUCGUUCAAGCAAUAACAGCUGAAUUUUCACCACAAAAAAGUUUAUUGCAAAUGGAUCGAGAAAUAAAUCAGAGAUUUAAAAGACCGGAUGAAACAGUUCAUCAAUACGUACGUGAUAAAGUUGAAUUGUGUCAGAGAUAUAGUCCUCAAAUGUCACAAGCCGAUCAGAUUAUCAAACUGGCGCAAGGACUGCCACCUGAUAUGCAAUCGAAAGUACAAGAACAUGAACAUCGAAUUCAAACAACAGCUGAUUUCGCUCGCCAAGUACAUAAAUUUGAGCAAGUCGAAAUAACAAAAAACUCAACUCCAAAUGUAUAUGUUGUAGAACAACAGGAACCUGUCUUUUAUCAAUCCACAGUUACGGCUGCUUGUCAACCUGCGCGUCAGAUACAACAGGCGAACCAAAGGACAGUGCAUAGUCAUUCUCAACCACCAUAUACAUCGUCUCAAAAUGUUCAAAUUCAACACCCUUCACAUGGACGUCGAAUACAAACUCCAAAUUAUGAUCGGCAUAAUCGAAAUCAAAAUAGUCAGAGAAAAGAAACUCGUCAAUGUUACCAAUGUGGUAAAUUUGGCCAUAUUAGACGAGACUGUCGAUCUAACCAACAUCAUUUAAACUAG